AUGAGUACCAAUCACGGAGCUCAGAAGGCUCGCGACAGCUUUGCGUCCAUCUUGAGCUAUUACCGAAAUCACGUCCCAGCCGAUGAGGCUCCGGAAUUUGUGAAAAGAGCAUCAUCUGGUGAGAUCGUGAUAGGAUUGAGGAAGGGCGACGUUCCAUCUGCAGAACAGGGGGAAGAGCUGAAGAAAUCUCUAAAUGAGGCUUUGAAGACUCAAGAUGCUAUUCAGAGCCUUUCGACUGUCGAAAAGGAUCUAAUGACCCAAGCAGCGCAAGCGAGUCUUCGAUCUCGAAAGCGGAAAACGGGCAAUUAG